GUUGCAGCCAGAGGGGAUUUGGUACUAGGAGCAGGGUCUGCACUGCAACCCUGACCACCCCCAGCCCCCAUCCUUCAGUCCGCUCGCUUUAGCAGACUUUCCUUCUCCACUCUCUCUUCAGGCUGCAUUUCCUUUCCUGUGCAUUGAUUGAGAGUUCAUUGAGUUCACCUUUCUGCAAGGGAUGGAUUGUUGUUUGUUGUUGUUUUAAAGUCCUCUCUCUCUCUCUCUCUCUCUCUCUCUCUCUCUCUCUCUUUCCUUGCUUUUCCUGCAUGUUCAACAUAUGUCCCUCCUCCUUACCCCUCUCCCCAACCCCCACCUUCUCAAAAAAAAAAAAAAACCAACCUGAGAUUGUACUUUUGUACAGAAGGUUCAAAUUACAAAUGGCAAUUUUAUGCACUUCGCCGUAUUAACGCUGCCUCCUGGGCAGCACUCAUGUGACCCUUCUAUGGAUUAACAUUCUGCUUUAAAAAAAAUACCUCUUGCUUUUCUUUUUUUUUCCUUUCACUUUUGAAACGAAGAGAGAGCACUGUAGAGAGUAGGAAAGUGUGGACAAGGGACCUUGGGCCGCUGCUUUCGCUCUGCACCAGCUGGGUCUUUGUGACAUAAAAUUCGCCCAGAGCCGGGAACAGUGCUCUACCAAUGGCGCGCUCCGCGCGGGGCGCGGGCUCCGGGUUGGGGCGAGCCAAAGCCGGGGUUUCUUUGUGUUUCUGCGAGAGCGACUCACUCGGUUCAGAGUCAGAUAACAGCAGGAGCCUCAGCCUCUCUGGCUUUCCCGGGCCGUCACGGGCCUUGCCCGGGCUCCGCCAGCGCCCGCCGCCGGCUCCCUGCCUCUCUCCGGCUUCCUCUCGUCUCUGCCGGCCUCUCUUUCUCUCUCCGCCCUCUUCUCCCUCGUCUCCCCUCCUCCGAGCUCAUUGAUCAGGCAAAGACGCGGGACUUAGACUCUGUCUCUCGCCGGGGUUUUCCUCCUGUACUGGAGUGGAGGUUACAUGGUUUGGGGACAGUCGUUCGGGGGUUGGCCACUGGCCAUCUGGGGUAAACCUUAAUGUCUUGUACAAAAAGCGUCUCGCCCUCCCCCUACGCUCCGCUCCCGUUCCUUCUCCAAUCAAUAAGAAAUAUCAGCUGUUUAGCUGAAAAACAGGGGGAAGAAGAAAGAAAGGUGCCCCCAGAAUGCUACAUCCCGCUUCGGGGACCCCCAGGCAAAGUGACCAAUUCUGGGUCCUCGGCAGACCAGCCCCAGAAGGGCCUCUCAGCUGUACAGAGGGGCAGGAUGCCGCCCACCCAGCCUACCCACGGGCAGUUCGCGCUGACCAACGGGGACCCCCUCAACUGCCACUCGUACCUGUCCGGAUAUAUUUCCCUGCUGCUGCGCGCGGAACCCUACCCCACGUCUCGCUUCGGCAGCCAGUGCAUGCAGCCUAACAACAUCAUGGGCAUCGAGAACAUUUGCGAACUGGCCGCGCGGAUGCUCUUCAGCGCCGUUGAGUGGGCCCGGAACAUCCCCUUCUUCCCUGACCUGCAGAUCACGGACCAGGUGGCCCUUCUUCGCCUCACCUGGAGCGAGCUGUUCGUGUUGAAUGCGGCGCAGUGCUCCAUGCCCCUCCAUGUCGCCCCGCUCCUUGCCGCUGCUGGCCUGCACGCUUCGCCCAUGUCGGCCGACCGGGUGGUCGCCUUUAUGGACCACAUACGGAUCUUCCAAGAGCAAGUGGAGAAGCUCAAGGCACUGCACGUCGAUUCAGCCGAGUACAGCUGCCUCAAGGCCAUAGUCCUCUUCACCUCAGAUGCCUGUGGUCUGUCUGAUGUAGCCCAUGUGGAAAGCCUGCAGGAAAAGUCCCAGUGUGCUUUGGAAGAGUACGUCAGGAGCCAGUACCCCAACCAGCCAACGCGGUUCGGAAAGCUUUUGCUUCGCCUCCCUUCCCUCCGCACGGUCUCCUCCUCAGUCAUAGAGCAAUUGUUUUUCGUCCGUUUGGUAGGUAAAACCCCCAUCGAAACCCUCAUCCGGGAUAUGUUACUGUCCGGCAGCAGUUUUAACUGGCCGUAUAUGGCAAUUCAAUAAAUAAAUAAAUCAAAAUAAGAAGGGGGAGUGAAGGAGAGAAAGAAAAGGCAAAAGACUGGUUUUGUUUGCUUAAUUUCCUUCUGUUAAGAAAGGAUGUUACAAGUUUGCUAAAAGAAGAGGGGAAGAAUUUAAUGGACUGUGAAUUUCAGAGAGAGAGAGACUGUCAAACGAACUUUUACAGAAUGCAUUAAAAAAGAAAACUCCUGUGUUGGGCAGAACAACUUGCUACUUAUCAUUUUUGUAUAAAAAGGAAAUUAGUCUUUUUUCUUUUUGGUAAAUUUUUGAAAAAUAUUGCUAAAAGUGCAUUUAAGGCGAUUGGGAGAAAAUUAGCAGAAUGGACAAAGUAAGUCUUUUUUUUUUUUCCAAAUUAUUAAUUGUCCUGUGUCUGUGUACCUCUAGCUGGUUUUUUUUUUUUUGUACUUUUCUGGUUCCAAACCAGUUUUUCUGUGGUUCUAUAAUAAGUUUUGAUAUAAUCUUGGCUUCUUAAAAAACUGUGUAUCAUUAAAAUAUAUGUUCUGCAAGAAUUAAAACUGAGUCCAUGAAAAUAUCAUAGGAAGACAUAAAACUUUAAAAGGCAACUCAGAGAUGAUGGAAAUGCACUUACAAGUGGUGGCCAAAUUUUUUUAGGUGAAGUUGAGCACUCUAAUCAGCAAGCUGGAGGAUCACAUGCAACACAGCUUCCCCUACCCCUCCCCAUACCAAGACAAACCUAGCUUUUUAAAAAUAUUUUAAGAAAGAGAAGGAACUGUGGAAUUUAUUGGCAGCCAAGGAAUGUGUCCAAGACACAACCUGAGGUUUUGAAUAAAAAGUGAACUUUUGUAAUUUGAAUUGGGUCCCCCCCCCUUAGUUCUUGAAUUGUUAUGAAUCCUAUAUCUGUUUGUAUAUUUGCAAGCCCUUUGUAUUAUAAUUGUUGAUAUUUCCCCUUUUUAAAAAAUACCAUUGAAAUCAGCAUGACAAAAUAACACUGUUGGCACUUAUAGGUAACGUGAUUGAUUCAGUAUCUUAGAGUUUACAGUUUGUGUUUUUAAAAAACUGAAGGUUUUUUUUUAAGUGCAACAUUUCUGUAUACUGUAAAAGUUAUAAUAACUGAACUGUUUGGUCGAGUCUUUGUGUGUUAUAUUCCAAGGAAAAUUGAAAGUAUUCAGAAAUUAAAAUAUUAUUUGAUAUCUGAAACCUGCUUGGCUGUCCCCACUCACUGUCUUUCCAUCGAGUUGAGCCCCUGUGAGUCCUCGCUGAGCCAGCGGGGCCCCAUUUGUUUACUCCCCUCAAUCAGUUUGUUCAAAGGUAGACUAGUGUAUUUGCCUGUUUAAUUUGGGUGUGUGUGGGGGGAGCCGAAGUUAAUGGUUUAUCUAUGGUUUUAGGAAGUGCCACACUGAUAUAGUAAGCCACCCCCAUUCACCUAAUCCUCCUUUUAAUUAAAAAUGGAUUUUCCAGGAAAAAAAAAAAGAGGCCCUUAUAUUUGUCACACAUAAGUGCCUGCUUAGGAAAGGGUAUUGUGAAAAGUAUUAGAAAUCUUGAGAUCAGUAUCUAUUUUAUGAUCAGAAAAAAAUGCUCUUUUGUACAUUUCUGACAGUUAUGCAGAGGAUUGUUCAAGCAAGCUAAUCACAGCACUGUAAAUAGAGGGCAGUUGUUCUCCAUGAGUUUUUCCUUAAGUAAGUGUGAUUUUUCUAAAAAAAAAAAAAAAAUUCUGUGGUUCUCAUCUAGUGUGGCUGUUGAGAGGAUUUUGAAUACAGUGAUGUAGCUGCUAGCGAUGAAGGGUCUGUUUUUUAUGUAUAUAUGAUAACUUGCAGUUGGCCUGCCUUUCCCCUCCCCCUCCCUCUUCAGUCUCUGAGAGCUUGACCACAGGUCAAGGGAAGCUUUUCCAUUGGAGUUCUGUACAUAAAAACCCAUGGACAUUUGGACAUUUCAGAUUGUAUAAGUACAGUCUGCAUUGCUCUUGGGAUCCUUCAUUCUUGGAAGCCAAUUUUUAAAGGAGAGAGAGAGAGAGAGAGAGAGAGAGAGAGAGAGAGAGAGAGAGACUAUAAAAAAAACUUUACAGGGUGUGCUGAGUGAUCUGGAAAGUCUACAAUUUGUUUCAGUCCCUUAUUCUUCUUUCCUGGUUUGGAAAAACUCAGUGCUGGGAGCCUACAAUUUGUUCUUAUUUAGACUUUCCGAGCUCCCCUCCCUGACAAUGCUUUUACCAUGUUGUGGUUUAAUCUGAAAAUGAGGGAGGGGGCUGAUGAAAGAGGUGGAAGGAAAGGGAUCAUUUUGCAAAGUGCAUUAAACUUUGAUGCUCAGUUCUGGUUCAUACACACAGACCUGAAAACUCUGCCUCAUUUAGGCAGGGCUCUCCCUCUGACCCUCACCUUCUUCUCUCUGUACAUAUCUAUAAAUAUGAAGUAUGUUUUACAGCACAGCAUCUGACCUUUAGAUGGAGGUUUUGUUGGUGGUUUAUCCCCCUCCCCUUGCAAGUGCUAUCCAUGUUGAGUGUGUGAAGUUUUCUCUACUAAGUAAAACAUAGGCCCUUUUCCUUGUUUGUUUUGUGUUAGUUUAUUGUAAACAGCCAUUUGUUGUAAAUUAUUAUUGGCAUUAAAUUAUAAUUUAUGAUUUUCAAAGCAAAA